GACCGAUUGGGAGGAGUGAUGGUCGGGCCCGGAAGACCGCUGUUCGUGCUCUUCGGAUCUUCCGUCGUCCAGUUUAGCUACGGCAACGGCGGCUGGGGGGCAAUCCUCGCCGACUACUACGCCCGCAAGGCUGACAUUUUAGUGCGGGGAUACGCUGGAUGGAACUCAAGACGUGCUGUCCAAGUGCUUGAUAAAAUUUUCCCAAAGAAUGCAGCAAUUCAACCUGCUUUGGUGAUUGUUUGCUUUGGCGGGAAUGAUUCCUUUAUUCCUCACCCAUCCAUGAAACUUCCUCAUGUGCCUCUUCAAGAAUAUGUUGCGAACAUGGAAAAGAUUGCACUUCACCUAAUGGGUUUAUCUGAGACGACACGGAUUAUUUUCCUUAGCUGCCCUCCUAUUAAUGAGGAAAUGCAUCGUCUGACACAAGAUCCUAAACUAUGUGUGACGGUCCGUUCAAACGAAUCCGGCAAAAAGUACUCAGAAGCUUGCAAGCAACUGUGCUGGCGGAUGGAUCUGAAAGUUAUCGACCUUUUCGCUGUAAUUCAAGAGCAUGAUGACUGGAGUACUCGAUGCUAUACUGAGGAUGGAGUUCACUUCUCCGCAGAAGGAAGCGAGAUCGUAGCAAGAGAGAUACUUAAGACGAUAAGCGAUGCUGAUUGGAAGCCUACUUUAUACUGCAAUGCCAUGCCGUUGGAGUUCGCGGAGGACUCAGAUUAUGAUCCGGAAUGAUCAGGUAGCAUCAGCAGCUCCGAACCCGGAUCGGCUCGAUCACUCGUCUCGUGCUGAUCUCCAAAAUUUAUAGAGGAAAAUAAAGUGUAUAAAAUUGUGGCUGAUUUGGAUCCGAUGUCGAUA